AUGCCCCAGACAGUGGGCAAAUACGAUGGUUUGAGCGACCCUGACGACCAUCUAAAUCUGUUCAAAAGUGCUGGAGAGGUAGCCUGCUGGCCCAUGCCUCUCUGGUGCAAGAUAUUUGUUCAAACGCUGGUAGGGGCGGCACGGGUAUGGUGGGAUAGCCUACCUGUGGGGGAAAUUGAUAGUUUCGAGGAUUUGGUAUCCAAGUUCCAGCUACAAUUCAGUCAACAAAGGCGAUAUACAAAAGAUCGAAACGAACUCCUCCAUAUUCGUCGGCGAGACAAUGAGACGGUGGAGAGUUUUAUCGUCAGAUUUAAUAAAGAAAGCCUGGCGAUCCCAGGUAUAACAAAUGAUCUGGCUUGCGGUACUUUCCUACAAGGAGUAAACGAUGAUGAAUUGCUAAAGACAUUAUAUGGAAGGGAUGGCGUGCCCUCAACCAUAGAUGAAAUCCUGAGAAUAGCUAAAGUGUACGUAACACAAGAAAAGACGGUGGCGGCCAGCCAUGCUGCUAACAGAAAAAAUGAAGCACAAAAAAGUCAAGACGAUAGGGAACAACGGAACUCCAAAGGCAAGAAAAGCGACCGGUCAGACUCAUGA